CUCAAUGACUUGGAAUGGGAAUGCACCGGUUGUUGUUUUAAGCUCCGGAAGAACUCUUCUUAUGUGUGUACAAGUUGGACUGUUGAUGCGGCAAGUUGCGAAAUCAUGAUAACUCCGUUGUUGUUAAUGGUGCUCCUGAAUUUGAUCCAGCAAUACACGGUGGGUGCAGAAUCAACACCGGUUAUAAAUACUACCACUGGUCCUGUACAAGGUGAAAUAAGUGAAUCUAUACGUUCUUUCAAAUAUGCUGCUUUUAAAGGAAUCAGAUAUGCCGAACCACCACUCGGCUAUAUGAGAUUCAAGCCUCCGGUGCCUGUAAAACCAUGGACCGAGAUACUAAAUGCUACUGUUGAUGGGAAUGACUGUCCUCAAAUCAACGAAACAACGUUCAAAGUUUACGGCUCUGAGGAUUGCCUGUUUUUAAAUGUCUACACUCCAGUGAUUCAUCUGAGCCAGGCUCCUACAGAAUUGAAAGCCGUCAUGGUAUGGAUUUACGGUGGCGCUUUUGUAAGUGGAUCAUCAGCAACCGUCAAUAAUCGUCCGGACUUUUUAAUCGAAAGGGACGUUGUUGUAGUUGCACUCAAUUAUCGUCUUGCAGCUCUCGGUUUUUUGAACCUGGGCCAUCCGAACGCGACCGGCAACGCGGGCCUAAAAGACCAGACCCUUGCUCUCAAAUGGGUACAAUCAAAUAUAGAAAAAUUUGGUGGUAAUCCAAAGAACGUAACUCUCUUUGGUUGCAGUACGGGAGCCGUCGCAGUAGGAUUUCAUAUCAUCUCAGAAAAAUCAAAAGGACUUUUUCAGGCGGCAAUAUCGAUGAGUGGAACGCCUUUAUCGCCUUGGGGAUACACCAAACAAAAAAUAGCCAUUGAGCGAGCCGAGACACUCGCAAAUUUGUUAGGUGCGUUUCCCGGGACCAAGAGCAACUAUCUCAAGUACCUUUAUGCAGCAUCGGCUAACGAUCUUGUGAAGCUCGCGUUCGUCGUAUAUAUGGCAACACCGUUCCCACCGACAAUAGAAGAUGCAACCUUAACGGAUGAUCCGUUUAUCACCGAAUGCGCCAUGAAGAGUUACCAGCAAGGAAAUUUCAGCAAAGUUCCUCAACUAUUAGGUUUCGAGGAACGGGAAGCAGUCUCUUUCGCCGUGCCAAAGCUCGAACGAUUCCUUGGGUUGUUUAGGCAAGCAUACGGAUUGAUUGGGAUGGUCACCCUCGAAACAUUACAGUUUGAGUAUGCAAUGAAACUUAAGACACUUUUGACAGCUAAAGACAGCGUAGAGCUUUUAGAAGAAAUGAACGGCGCAGAAAGCCUCAAAACUGAAAUAGAUGUAGGCGAACAUGAAUCGGAUCAAUCGGAAGAAACAGUCGGCAAAGAUGUUUUAGGAACUGCUUUGAAUCUUACGUCGGAUGUUCUCUUCAAGCUUCAAAUAGAUAUAACGCAGAGGUUACUGGCUGAGAAUAUUGGUGGUGUUCCCAUUUACUACUACUAUCUUACAUUCACCUCUCCCAGAGCACGCCAUAACAUUGGAGCGGAGUAUCCAAUUGAUGGUGCUGGACACGCUGACGAUCUACCCUACAUUUUUUAUCAAUCCCCCGAAGAUCUUAAUUUGAGCAUAAGUGAUCCCGUUGGUCUGACGAUUCAUAGAAUUGCUACGAUGUGGACUAAUUUUGCGAAAUAUGGAGACCCGACUCCAAGUUGGAUUGAGCAUAAUUCAUUGAACAUAAGCUGGCCACCUUCUGGUAAAUCAGGACAGGCCCUCGAGAUUGGGCGCCAACUCAGGGUGAUACCGAGGCCAAUCGAUUCCGCUAUAGAGGUAUUGGAAAAAUUGCUGCUGAGAUCCUUACUUUACGUCUCGGAUGAUUUACCUAAGAAAAAUCGUGUUCCCAGAUAUAUAUCCAGUGUCCGUAGCUGUUGCACGGCUCUAGUGAAAGUUGGUGUCGCCAGUAUCGAGAUGAAGUUUUUAUUUCCCUCGAUAGUUCUUGUGACUUUGGUCAGAAGAUCCGUGGCCAUUGAACGACCUACAGCUGUUGUUGAUACUUCCACUGGUCCGGUGCAAGGUUAUAUUUGCACUUCUGUUUUUUCAACUAAAUAUGCUUCAUUCAAAGGUAUCAGGUAUGCCAAACCGCCAAUCGGAUAUCUCAGAUUCCAGCCUCCAGUUCCCAUAGAGCCAUGGACCGAUAUACUAAAUGCAACGACCGAUGGAAACCAGUGUCCUCAAUAUAAUGGAACAACAUCCAAAGUCGAAGGUUCUGAAGAUUGUCUCUUUCUUAACGUGUACACUCCGGUGAUGAAUUUGAGCACUACUCUUAUCGAGUUGAAAGCUGUCAUGGUAUGGAUUUACGGUGGCGCUUUCGUGAGUGGAUCGUCAGCUACAAAAUAUAAUCUUCCUGACUUUCUGAUCGAGCGAGACGUUGUUGUUGUUGCACUCAAUUAUCGUUUGGGAGCUCUCGGUUUUUUGAACCUGGGUCAUCCAAACGCAACUGGAAAUGCGGGACUUAAGGAUCAAAACCUCGCACUUAAAUGGGUGCAGGUCAACAUAGAGAAAUUCGGAGGUAAUCCAAAAAACGUAACGAUUUUUGGUGAAAGUGCUGGAGCGGUAUCAGUAGGAUUCCAAGUUUUGUCGGAUAAAUCGACCGGACUUUUCAAUGGAGCAAUAUCGAUGAGUGGAACGCCCCUGGUACCCUGGGGUUUUACGAAACGAGCGGAUGCCAUCGAACAAGCCGAAAAACUAGCAAGAUUGUUAGGAGCAUUUCCGUGGACCCAGCAACGUUAUCUUCGGUCUCUUUACUCAGCGACACCCGAACAACUUGUUAUAAACUCAUUACUUAUUAACCCGGUAAUCCCCUUUACGCCCACUCUCGAAGAUCGGACUUUAACCAGUGAUCCUUUCAUCUCUGAAUGCUCAAUAAUAAAAUACCAGACUGGCAGGUUUAACAAAGUACCGCAAAUGUUAGGCUUCAUGGAUCAAGAAACCGUUAGCUUUCUUAAUUAUUUCAAUGAAUUUUUCUCGCUUCUCGACAUGGCGACCGGAUUGAAUAGCGAAAUAGUGACUAGUGCAAUUCAGUCAUUGCCUAAGCUAGAAAUGCAGGCCGAAUUGGAUAGUGAGGCUGCUCUGAGCACUCUAGGUCAAGUAGAAUUAGAAGCUACUGGAUCGGAAUAUUUAGUCGAGAGUGUCAGUAGUAGCGUUUUAAGUGCCGCUGUAAACAUAACUACCGAUAGUCUCUUCAAGCUCGAAAUAGAUCAAACUCAAAGACUACUAGUCGAUCACAUUGGCGAUGUUCCGAUUUACUACUACGACAUUACAUUCGAUUAUCCACGAUCCCGCCACAGCUCCUCUUCAAAUCAUUCGCUUCAAGGCCCCGGACAUGCUGACGAUCUUGCCUACAUAUUUUACAUACCCGGCAACCAUUACAAUCUGAGCUUAAGUGAUCCGAUGGGUCGGACGAUUUACAGAGUUUCCACGAUGUGGGCAAAUUUUGCAAAAUACGGUAAUCCAACUCCUGACUGGAUCGAGGAGCAUCCACCGCUCAAUAUAACUUGGCCACCUUCCGGUAAAUCCGGACAAGCGCUGGAAAUUGGUAGUGAACUCAAAGUGGUACCAAGGCCGAUCAAUACCGCUACCCUCCUGCUCGAAGCGAUACUGUCACUAUUAUCUCCCCAGUUUAAUGAUUGUUAAAAAAACGCGUAUAUGUUAUUGGAUAUUGUACGAUAGCCAGGACGUGGAAUGUAAGGAUGUGGAAGCGAUACUGACACUAUUAUCUCCCCAAUUCAAUGAUUGUUAAAAAAUAAACGCGUGUAUGUUAUUGGAUAUUGUACGAUAGCCAGGAUGUGGAAUGUGCAAUUAAGUUAUUGAGAUUUUUGAAGCAGCGUUACAAAAUAUAACGACAUCCGUUAACAAAGACAACAAAAAUAUAAAAAAUAUAUAAAAAUUCAUGCUUU